UACAAAUACAAAAAGAGAAAAAAAUGCAUGAUCCACAAAAAUUUUAGACAAAACAAAAACGUAAUAAACAAAUUUUCACUGAAAAUAGUUUAAAUCCAAAUUUAAAAGACAUAAAUUAGUAUUAAAUAAGUGAUCAAACCGUGAAGACAAAGAAAUCUUAAAAUAUCGUCAUUAAUAAGAAAACUAAGUGCAAAAUGAUAAAUUAUGAAGGAGCUGUUACCUUAUGGCGUUUCCUCUUAACCAUAGGUCCUAGCGCCAUGGUAUUAGUCAUGCUUUUAGAGGGCAUUCGACAACAUCGUCCCGAUAUAGUGGAUAGAGAAAAUCGUGUACGACCCAUAUACAUUGGUGAUUUACGUGAUAGUUAUGAUUUCAUUAUAGUGGGUGGUGGUUCGGCAGGUUGUGCUUUAGCCUCACGCCUCUCCGAGGUAAAACAGUGGAAUAUUUUACUUUUAGAGGCGGGCGGAGAUGAACCAGCUUUUGCCGAUGUACCCCAAUUAUAUCCAGUAUUUCAACGUAGUCCCUGGGAUUGGAAGUACAAAGCGGAAAAAUCCAGUCGUUACUGUUUGGCUAUGCAAAAUCAACAAUGCGGCUGGCCUAGAGGCAAAAUGUUGGGCGGUUGCAGUUCCAUUAAUGCCAUGAUGUAUUUAAGAGGUAAUCGCAAGGAUUAUGAUCAUUGGGCUGAGUUGGGUAAUGUGGGUUGGAAUUAUGAUAAUGUUUUGCAUUAUUUUCGCAAAAUGGAGGAUAAUCGUGUAGCGGGCUUUGAACAUGAUCCCUAUCAUGGUCAUGGUGGACCGGUAACGGUGGAAAAUUAUCGCUUUCCAUCGCCUUUGUUGGAUAUAUUUUUAAUGGCGGCCAAGGAGUUGAAUUUGCUUAACCCUUACAAGGACUUCAAUGGCCGUUCCCAAUACGGCUUCGCUGCUCCCCAUGCCACCGUAAGAGAUGGUCUACGUUGUAGCGCUAAUAAGGCCUAUAUUAGACCUGUUUGGAGAAGAUCCAAUUUGGAUAUUUUACUUAAAGCCUUUGUGGAGAAAAUUAUCAUAGAUCCGGACAGCAAACAGGCUAAGGGAGUAAGAUUCGAAUGGUUGGGUACCAAGCACAGAGUUAAAGCUACACGUGAAGUUAUUUUAUCAGCCGGAGCCAUAGCCAGUCCUCAGUUGUUAAUGGUGUCGGGAGUGGGACCCCGCAAACAACUCCAGCAACAUGAUAUUGAUGUUAUAAAAGAGCUGCCCGGUGUGGGUGGUAAUCUACAGGAUCAUAUUUCAGCCACGGGCAGUUUAUAUACUAUAGAUAAUACCAUAACGGGUGAUCGUUUAUCAUUUAUAGUGCCCGAAAUGUUAAAUGCCAAAUCGGUUGAUACGUUUCUACAUCAUGCCAAUGGUUUUUUCUAUGCUGUGCCCGUUGCGGAAGUUAUGGGAUUUUGGAAUAGUAAAUAUCAGGAUCCCCGUAAAGAUUGGCCAGAUGUACAGUAUUUUUUGGGCAGUUAUGGUUAUGGUGCAGAUGGUGGUCUUAUAGGUAGACGUGCUGCCUCCAUGAGCAUGAUAAAUUUUGCACAAUCCUUUGAACCCAUUAUAUAUAAAGAUAGUUUUAUUAUAACACCCUUGCUAAUGCGGCCCAAAAGUCGUGGUUGGCUGGAAAUUGUUUCGAGGCAUAAUAAAGAUUAUCCCAAAAUACAUGCCAAUUAUUAUGAUAAUCCUUUGGAUAUGGCUAUUAUGGUGGAUGCCUUAAAAUUUGGCCAUCAAUUUAGCCAGGCCCCCAUUUUAAGACGUUUGAAUGCUACUCUAAAUAUUUAUGUGUGGCGCAAUUGCCCCGAAGUGGAGUAUUUAAGUGAUGCCUUUUGGGAGUGUGUGGCUCGUUAUUAUUCCCAGACAAUUUAUCAUCCAGUGGGCACUUGUAAAAUGGGCCCCUAUAAUGAUCGUGAUGCUGUAGUGGAUCCCCGCCUUAGAGUCUAUGGCAUUAAAAGUUUAAGGGUAAUAGAUGCCAGCAUUAUGCCCACCAUUACCACGGGUAACACAAAUGCUCCAACUCUAAUGAUUGCUGAGAAGGCGGCCGAUUUGAUUAAAGAAGAUUGGUUUCAUUAUAGACAAUGAUAAAUAA